AUGUACCGUGCUGCCUCAAUCCGCCGUGCUCGCCAGGUCCGCGAAUCUCAUCAGAGUCGCUCGCCCUCGCCCUCGCCCUCGUCCUCCGCCGCUCGCCGCUCCGACGCAAGGGAGACCCUUGAAAGGUUGUUCUGCGCGCAACCCAAGGACUCACACAACGAGGACCUGCUCGAGGAGACAACCCUCGCUGCCGCCACCCCACAGGCUCAGCAGGAUGAUCUCAGAACGGCGUUCUUCAGUAAGUACCAGGCCCAAGUGGGCGAAAAAGACAAGGAUGAGUGCCUCAGGGAGUGGCAGGAGUUUGACUCGGGUCCUUGCCCUGUGGUUUCUUGUCGUUCCCCCUCUCCUCUCCCACCUAUCCCUUCCUCUCCUCAGAGUCACGGAAGAACGUCUACGGACACAAAUCGUUCGGAAGAUCAGUUGGACGACACAAGGGACUCGUCACCCCUGUCAGACAUCUAUCCGGGUUCUCCCAAGCCCGCUGUUCAGGCUCCUCGCCUGGAAUUCCUAUCAUCUAGUCCUGCUGUCCCGGUCCCUAGCAUCCCCGCUACGCGUGACCUGGACCUGGUAUCUAGUCCCACCAGCGCGCCCCGCGGCAGAAAUGCUUUGCGAGGCCCUAGUGUUUCCCCCAUUCCCUCCCUGGCCCCAAGCAGAAAUGCUUUGCGUGGCUCGGGUGUGGAACAUGUCGGUCGCGCACAGCGCCGCAUGUCUGAAGUAGAUCUUGGUGUGCAGCCGAGAGUGAAGCGUGCUUGUAUUCGUCCUCCUGUAGUUGACCUGGUGACUCUUGAUGACAGUGCCGAUGAGCCUGAUCAGAGCCCUCGUCCAAAGAGAGGUAAGGGUAAGGGUAAGGGCAAGGCCAAGGCCAAGGCCAAGGCUCCCAUCAAUGACAUCCUGUCAGAAGAUGAGCCUGUCGAGGUCCGUCGUCUGAACAAAGGCAAGGGUAAGGCUAUUGCCCCCGAGGCCGAGUCAGCUGAUGACAUGUACGAGCCAGAGAUUGAUGUGCCCGUGUCAGAAGAUGACGACUUUGAACCAGCGCGCAGUCUAGAUGAGGCUGAAGUGGAGGCUUUGUCUGAGGAUAGUGAUGUCCCAGCUCAUGGUUCGCGUGCUCAACGGUCCAAGGUCGUUCUGGCACCUUGUGUCCGUGUUGAGAUUGCACCUUUGGUUUUCAAGCCAGGUCAAGCAAGACAGAGCGGUCGCAAGCAUCCUGGACUGACCAACGGUUCUUAUGUCGGCGCCCACAUGUAUUCGACGACUGAGGCUUGGGAGUUUGAAUACUUCCCGGCCCCUGGUUAUUUUACAGAGAUCAGGACCCCUUCGGGUUCGAUCAGUGCUAUCAAUCCAGGUAGCUUGACUCUCCGCGCGGUGCUUCCUCAGAUGUUGAAGACCGCAUACGAGCUGCGCAAGCAGGCCUUCCCUGAAGAAGACAACUCGUGGAUGGAUGUGUUCACCCCCAUGGACCUCAUGAAAGUUGCGCUCGCUGGCAUGACUGCUCGGUCAAUUGAGUUGAUGAGUGGAGGAAAGCCAUGGCCGCACGAGGAGCUCUUUGCGGCUUACCGCGAGAUCUUCGAGGCCGAGUACAUGCAUGGCCUCUACAAUGUCCGCAUCGUUCAGCUCCAUCCAGAUCAAUCCGAUUUGGUUGCUGAGCUCAUGAGAUUAUUGAUACACAACUACUACGGAAGUUCUGGCUCGAUGACUCAACAAAUGAUGCUUUCAAGAGCCUUGCAACAUUUCAGCCUAAGUCGGCACAGGUCUGAAUCAGGCAAGGCUUUGUAUAAGCUCAUGAACGCUGACAACACUCGUGCUGAGUUGAAGGCUGUGACAAUCAUGCCGAUUGAAGUGUUCAAGACGUAUGGAAUGGGUCCAAUCAAGCUACUUGAAGCUUGCUUUAUUGAUCUGAAUGGGGGUUGGUUACAUAACCUUUCUCUUUCAUUCGAUUAUGAAGCGAAGCGUUGGUCAAAGCGGGAUGGUGACAAGAUCAACUUGCUUACAGAUGCAUGGGUCGAGCGUUUCAAGACAUACGCAGAUCCUUUAGCACGUACCUGUCGCGAGAUCAUGAAGUCCGCACUGCAAACUCGCGGUCUGAAUGAGAGUUCGCCGAUUUACGAGGAUCACCUUAGCAAGGACACCUUGUACAGUCGACUGACCGAAGGUGCCAGUAUUUACUUGCACCCUCGCGGCGAUACCACUGGUUACGCUGUCAGGCUGGCCCUAGCGUACACCCUUGAGAUCUCGCCUGAGCAAAGGCAAGAAAUCGAUGACCUUGGUCACACAACUUCGUCCAAGGGUACCCUUGACGGCACCCCUGUCAUGCUGCAACUGCACGUGACCGAAGAAGACGAUGAACGCCACUGGGCAAACACUUCUUCUGUGAGACCAGAAUUUGAGAUGGCUCGCAGGAUCAUGUUGACGUUGACCUGGAACAGUACAAAGACUGGUGAAGAAGUCGUGUACUACCUGAUCAGAGGCAAGAAGCGCACCUCGGAAUUGAAACGUGCUCGCGAAGCCAUGUCUAUCCUGGAGUACGCGAACGGAACGCUUGAGCUGGGCACAGACAGUGGUCCUAAGCGUUGUGACUUUGGCUCCAGAGAGAAGAACAGAGCCAAGAAGCUCGACGAAGAUGGCGUGCCCUGCCCAGGGCCUGGCUGCACAGUAAUCCUCCGCUCGAAAGGCCCGAAGAACCUGCACUUCAAGAGCGAACCGGACUGCAAGAAAGCCUUCAACGCGCUACCCACAAUUGAGCGUCAGAACUUUCAAUUCUUCAUGUGCUGGGCAUGUGGUAAACUUUUUGAGGGUACGAGAAAUGUUGAAACCCACAUCAAACCAGGCAAGAGGUCGGCCGACUUCCCAGUUUGUCGAGCAUACUACAAGGAGCAUUUUGGAAAAGAUGCCGUGCUCGACAAGUCCAACUGCGGUCGUUUCCUUUGA